AUGUUCUCGAACCUCCGCACUCCCGUGGGCGCACCCGCUCCGAAUAUGUUCUCGCACCUGGUCUCCAACACGGGCGCUGUGCCUGAUCAGAGCGAGGCAAACGCUCACCUACAGCUUCUUGAGGAUAAUCUUCCCAGGACGAUGAUCUCUGGCUCAGUCCCCAUUAUCACCGCGGAAGUGAUGCAAGAGCUUCCUGAAGCCAACCGCCCGCCCCAAUACGGUCUGUUGGCUUCCGACAUCGCAGUUGGGCCGUUGCAGCCCUUCAACCCUCGCGACGCACUGAAAUCUCGUGUUUUCUACAACGUGGCCGACCCGACGAGCACCUUCAUCUGUGGCAGCCAAGGCUCAGGCAAGAGUCACACUCUGAGUACCAUCCUGGAGAACUGCCUCCUGCCUUGCCCCGCGAACCAGCUCCCGCGACCUCUCUCUGGGCUCGUAUUCCACUACGAUACCUUCAUUUCCAACACUGGAGGUAUGCCUUGUGAGGCAGCAUUCCUCUCCAGUCACCAGGGAGUGAGUGUGCGAGUCCUCUGCGCACCGUCAAACUAUUUCAACAUCAAGGUAUUUUCCCCGCCCGUCAGUUACAACACAUCCGCUCACUCAUUUCCACAGCGCAUUUACAGUGGCCUUCCCAAUGUGGCCGUCGAAAGGCUACGCAUCAACCAAGCCGACUUGAACACCCAGAGAAUGCUGGACUUGAUGGCGGUCAGCUCUGUCAAAGGAGGCAGCCUUCCCCUGUACCUUCACGUCGUGAGUCGCAUUUUGCGCGACAUGAGAAUUAAACAACAAUCGAACAACUCGACGUUUGAUUACACUGACUUCAAAGCGCUGGUCAGCAGAGAAGAUCUGAAAGAGGGCCAGAUGGUCCCUUUACAACAGCGACUGGAAACUCUGGAGAGUUUCAUGGUUCCGGCUCAAACCUCCACCAAGUUCAGAUCCGCGGGUCAAGGUAUCAGUUGGGCGCUCAAGGCUGGUCAACUUACCAUCGUCGAUCUCUCCUGCCCUUGCGUCACCGCCGAGGCGGCCUGCUCCCUCUUCAACAUCUGUCUCAGCCUCUUCCUCGAGCAAAAGGGCACCGUCGGUCGCAUCGUGGCUCUUGACGAGGCACACAAGUAUAUGACGGAAAGCUGUGACAGUCAGACUCUGACCGAGUCACUUCUUUCCGUCAUCCGGCUUCAGCGUCAUCUUGGAACGAGAGUGAUUCUUUCCACACAGGAGCCCACGAUUUCGCCCAAACUCCUUGACCUUUGCUCCACGGUUAUUGUGCAUCGGUUCACAUCGCCCGCUUGGUUCAUUGUUUUACAGAAGCAUUUGGCUGGUGUCGGUGCAGAUGCCUCUGACCUUAUGUCACACAUUGUCGACUUGAAGACUGGCGAGGCAUUGCUGUUUUGUCCAAGCGCCAUGGUCAGCGUUUCUCAUUCACAUGUUUCCGAGCAGAUCGUGUUCCGCAGACUUGCAAACAGUCGCAUGAAGAUUCGCGUCUGA